GAGGAGAGGACAGCUCCGCUCUGUCUGCUCCUCCGGACCUCCUGUCCAAAAACUCUUCUGCGGCUUUUAAAUUCAACACUUACAGCUUGACACUGUGCCCUUACAAGUCGUGAAGAAGUAUAAAGAUCCACUGACGGAGAGACCCUCGACUUGACUGUAUGCUCAAUAUGUACCAGGGGCAUUUACAGGGGAAAGACUCUAGGGCUGCAGAUAAGACUGUUGCCAUGGUCCUGAAGGAGAUACCAAGUAAGGCGUCAUCAGAAGGGAAGCCCCUCCUCACAGUGACUACCAAGCUGGUGAGUGAGCAACAAGAGAGCCGCCCGCUUCUAAGCCCUUCUAUCGACGAUUUCCUAUGCGAGACCAAGUGUGAUGGGGUUUCCCGCCCAGUUACUUCCAACACAGCCGUUCUAUCUUCAACUCUGGACCUGCUAGAUCUCAGUGAACCUGGAGAGAGGAGAAACAGCAAGGAUAGAAGGAGUCCCCUGUCAUUCCAGGGUGACAGCCAGAAGAACAACCCACACAGGAAAAAGACAGAUGAGACGGAGCUGAUCCAGGUGGAAGUUGAACAGACAGGACCAAGCAUGCGAACCCCAGAGAGGGCAUCACUAGACUCAGUUACGAUUGGUUCAUUGGAUAAAUGGGAAGAACUGAAUCCCAACCCUGAAAGAAAUGGCAACAGAAAGUGGAAACUGGAGAGACGGCGCUCUUCUAAAAAUUCAUCUAAUGAGUUUCUGUGGUCCAUAGAUUGUAAAACCCAGAUAGACUCUUCAAAUAAGAAUACCUUGGAACCAAAUACCAAAAUCGAGCCAGAGUCUGCACUAGCAUCACAACUCAACAGGCAGUAUAUUAGUGGAAGACAUGCUCGCUUAACGAAGGAGCACCGGUGGGGGAGCGCGCUCCUGUCCAGACAUCAGUCCCUGGAGGAGGAGUUUGAGCGGGCCAAAGCUGCUGUUGAGUCAGAUACCGAGUUCUGGGAUAAGAUGCAGGCAGAGUGGGAAGAGCUGGCUCGGCGAAACUGGCUGACAGAAAACGAGCAGACGCAGAUUCCCUCCACUGUGUCUCCAUACGAGAAGGGUUACUACUUCCACACAGAUAAUCCUUAUAAGGACUUGCCUAAUGCAUUUGAAGAGGGACUAAAGAAAUCUCGAGAGGGAGACUUGCCAAAUGCUGUGCUUUUGCUGGAAGCAGCUGUCCUGCAGGACCCUCAUGAUUCAGAGGCCUGGCAAGUAUUGGGGACCACCCAGGCUGAAAAUGAGAAUGAGCAGGCAGCGAUUGUCUCCCUCCAGAGGUGUUUGGAGCUCCACCCAAACAACCUUGCAGCCCUCUUGGCUCUGGCAGUGAGCCUGACCAACACUGGUAUGCGCCAUGAUGCCUGUGAGGCCCUGCUCCGCUGGCUGAGACACAAUCCCAAAUACAAGCAUCUCGUCAAAGGCAAGGCUCAUCUAAUGGGAUCCCCAAACUCCCAACGCAGGAUGUCUCAUGCUCCCAACUUGGGCAGAUAUGAAAGCUCCCUGCUACCAGAAGUCAAGGAGCUCUUCCUGGAAGCAGUUCAACAAAACUCUGACAGCAUUGACCCGGAUUUGCAGACAGGCCUCGGGGUGCUUUACAACCUCAGCGGAGAGUUUAACAAAGCUGUGGAGGCCUUCAACACAGCCUUGUCAGUGCGGCCCGAGGACUACUUGCUGUGGAACCGCCUCGGGGCCACACUGGCAAAUGGAGAUCGAAGUGAGGAGGCGGUGGAGGCUUACACGAGAGCCCUGGAGCUGCAGCCAGGGUUUAUCCGGUCCCGCUACAACCUGGGCAUCAGCUGUAUUAACCUGGGGGCACACAGAGAGGCGGCCAGUAACUUCUUGACUGCCUUAAGUCUUCAGAGGAAAAGCCGGAGUCGUCAGCAGUCCCACCAGGUGAUGUCUGGAAAUAUCUGGGCGGCUUUGAGGAUAGCUUUAUCCAUGAUGGACCAGCCUGAACUCUUCCAGGCUGCAAAUAUUGGUGACUUGGAUCUGCUCAUGCGGGCCUUCAACUUAGACAUAUGAGGACUGGGAGACAGUGAUGCUAACAUCUCCCCCUUCACUCAGUCGCUGAUUUCUACCCAACAGCCAAAAGCCCAAAGUGCACACAUCAGAAAAGACUGAUGGAUGUUAGAGACAACAGUGUGUUUUUAUGCACGUCCAAAUUAACUACAGUCGUCAAAGCUAUUAUAUUUUUCGCCCAAGUACCUCGGAGCAGUUCUGGGGACAGGUUCUUUCAAGGGUUUGAAGGGACUGCUUUGUGUUGGAUUUGCACUGUAAUUUGUGAUUUCCCUGAAGAGCACAAGGACGGGCAAAGAUUGUACGAGCAAUGCCUUAGAGAACACAUCAAUUAAAAACUGACUCAUCCAGUGGAACAGAGCUGAGCCAGGAGAGACAGACAGGCAAGCAGACAGACGGUUUUUAAGAGUCUCAUAGAGGAGCCCUCACAGGCCAUUUUCAAAGAAAAGCCGGGGUUUGGAGAAAAAAAACUAAAUUUCUGACUCAAGAUUGUUUCUUUCUCCUGAAGGAUGGAUUUAGUGAGUAAAUGACAAAGACUGCACCAUAUAACCUGCAGCUCCAGAUUCUGUUCCUGGCUUCUUUUCAUCCUCUUUCAAUGGAAAAUAAUGAUACUGCAUGAAUAAGCAUUUUCAUAAAUGGAUUCUUGUUUAAAAUUAACAUACUUUUAGAAGUUUUCCCUUUGCACUUCAGACAAACAGAUAACUUCCUCAAUCCAAGUGGAAUGUGCAAGCCAAGUUUGUAAAGCCUUACUCAAAAGCAUGCGACCAAUAAUAUUUAUUUAUACUAUUUUUAUGAAAACACACGCACACACAAACAAACACUAAGCCAUUUUUCAGACUAGUUUCAUUUUCUUUAAAUAACUGUUGUCUUCUGAACUUGAAAGCUUUCUGAGCCACUAAUUUUUGUUUUGCUAGGUUUUUUUCUCUCUCUCUCUCUCUCAUUUUUUUUUUUGGCUCCCAGCUCCUCUUUGUUCCCUUUAAGCUGACUGGAGAAAAAAAAAAGCUGGGCAACAGCAAUCUAUAAAACCUUCAUUAGUCUUUUCAGACUUUAGCAUAUGAAAAAAAUGUAUUCUUAACAAGUCUAAAAAUAUCUCUUUUAUCUUCUUCUGCUAUUUGCGGGCUGACUUUAGAGGUCCUAACAACCACCGUACACAUUAUGAAGUAAUUUUGAUUUUCACUGACUAUUUGUUUUCUGUGUGUAUUUCUUAAUGCAGUCACUGCUAUCUUCGCUGCUCCUCCACAGGCAGCAAGGCUCGUGCAUUUAAUUAAAUCAGUUUGCCUCAGUCGUAAGGCAUGAUUUUAAUAUUUAUGUAAGCUUGGGCAGAAUGCAGCACAUAUAUGAUGUACGCUGUCUGUUUCACCACCUACAUACUUCAAAUCACAUCAGGUUCAUUUGAAACACGAGAUCGUUAUGCAUCUACAGAAAAUAUGAUUGUAUAAAAUGCAGUGAUUCCCCUGCACCAGAAAGAAAGCUUUUCCUUAGACAUACUUUUUAGCUGACAGCUUCACUUGCAU